ACGUUUUUGAAAGCGCAGUCUUUAUAUAAUUAACUAGUCAGUGCUAAGAGAAUUGUUCACACAUUUUAUUAUUAAAGUCAUGAAGAAGUUUGGUGUGGUGUGAUGGCACAAACCUAUAAUCACUGCUAUUCAGGAGGCUGAAGCAAGAGAAUCACAAAUUUGAGGCCAGCCUGACCUUGUUUCAAAAAUAAAACUUAAAAAAAAAAAAUGGCGAUGUAGCUCAGUGUUAAGAGAACUUGCUUUGCAUACUAGAAACCCUGGGUUUAAUCCCAGUACCACAGGGGAAAAGGGAAAAAAGUCAUGAAAAGUUGGAUUUCAUGGUUUUAAUAAAUUAUCACUUACUUGCUAAGGGAUGCCUCUUGUAAAGCAUUUGUUUGUAGGUAUUUAUGAGGUUUUUAUGUUGUGAUUAUAGAAUCUUAAAUACUGGCAUCAUCAGGACCAUCCAUUUAUAAAAAGUGUGUUGGAUCCAUUUAACAAACUGCUGUUUUUGUUUAGGAUAAUUGAGGAAAAACACUUAUAACUGCUUCGACUAAUACUUUCCUCUUUAAAAAAGAACACUCUGGUUCUUCUUUUAAAACUAUGAACUUUCUAUCCCAAAAGCAGAGUCUCAAGAGCCAUUUGUGAAAGAACACAAGAAUCCCCGGAACUUGGAAAUAAACACGGAUUGGUGUUUAUUUGUGUUAGUUUAAAUGUAGUAGCCCUAUGUGUCAGAAAACUGAAUCUGUAACACUUAAGUUAGUCUAAGCAAGCAAAUAAUAUCAGCUAAUGUGGCUUUAAUCUACUAAGUAACUUUAAAUCCAAAAGAUCAAAGGAAGUUAUAACUAAAAACAGUCCUUGGUGCUAUUUCCCUGUAGAAGCAGGAAAAGGCUAGAAAUUACAUGUCACCUUCAUAUCCUGGCUUGCUGACCUUGUGCUCAGAUCAAGUCCCUCUGUAUGCCAGCUGUUACCAUUAUUAAGACCUUGCCCCGAGGGGUUAAGUAGAAGAAAAACUCUCCUGUCCUAUAGGCUAGCCAACACCAAAAGUUCCAGCCCCUAACAUGCCUAAUUCAAAGCAAUCUGCAUGUGCUGUCAUUCAGUCUGUCCCGCCGCUCCAUGGAGCUGCUCCUGCCAACUCCUCGCUUUCUGUUGUGCUCUAUUCCUGCAGCCAGUUACAGCUGUGGCUACUGCAGUCAUUUGCAGACCAAACGGAGCCAGAGAAGUUUCCUCUUGUAGCAGAAAGUUUUCUUUCAUAGGGUCAAGAAAUCAGAGCAUGGCUAUGAGCAAUGGAAACAACGAUUUUGUGGUUCUGAGCAAUGGCAGCAUCACAACCAGUGCUACCAAUCCUGGUCCCUUCACCCCCUGCGAUGGAGACCAUGCAGCCCAGCAGCUCACACCCAAAGAAGCAGCAAGAACAAAAGUGAGUCCAAAUGGAUGCCUGCAACUUAAUGGCACAGUUAAAUCAUCCUUUCUGCCUUUAGACAACCAAAGAACACCUCAGAUGUUAUCCCAAUGCUGCCAUCCUUGCCCAUAUCAUCACCCUUUGACCAGCCAUAACAGUCACCAAGAGUGCCAUCCCGAGGCUGGCCCUGCAGCACCCUCUGCUUUGGCCUCCUGUUGCAUGCAGCCACACUCAGAGUAUUCUGCAUCUCUGUGUCCAAACCAUUCACCUGUGUAUCAGGCCGCGUGCUGUCUUCAGCCCUCGCCAUCCUUCUGCCUGCAUCAUCCGUGGCCUGACCAUUUUCAGCAUCAGCCUGUGCAGCAGCACAUAGCCAACAUCAGACGAUCCAGACCUUUGAAGUUACCAAAAAGUUAUGCAGCCCUGCUAGCUGACUGGCCAGUAGUGGUCUUGGGUAUGUGCACUGUGUUUAUCGUGGUCUGUGCUUUGGUUGGAGUUUUAGUACCAGAGCUUCCUGACUUCUCUGAUCCACUGCUGGGUUUUGAACCACGAGGGACUGCAAUCGGACAGAGACUGGUCACAUGGAAUAACAUGGUGAAAAAUACAGGAUAUAAAGCAACAUUAGCAAAUUAUCCUUUUAAAUAUGCAGAUGAACAAGCCAAAAGCCAUCGAGAUGAUAGGUGGUCAGAUGAUCAUUAUGAAAGAGAAAAAAGAGAAGUGGACUGGAACUUCCACAAAGACAGCUUUUUCUGUGAUGUUCCAAGUGACCGAUAUUCCAGAGUAGUAUUUACCUCAGCAGGAGGAGAGACAUUAUGGAAUUUACCCGCAAUUAAAUCAAUGUGCAAUGUAGAUAAUUCCAGGAUCAGAUCUCAUCCCCAGUUUGGUGAUCUGUGCCAGAGGACUACUGCUGCUUCCUGCUGUCCCAGCUGGACACUGGGAAACUAUAUCGCCAUUCUGAACAACAGAUCAUCCUGUCAAAAAAUUGUUGAGCGAGAUGUUUCUCAUACCUUGAAGCUGCUUCGGACCUGUGCCAAACACUACCAAAAUGGCACACUGGGGCCAGAUUGCUGGGACAUGGCAGCCAGAAGAAAGGAUCAGCUCAAGUGCACCAACGUGCCACGCAAAUGUACCAAGUACAAUGCCGUGUACCAGAUACUCCAUUACUUGGUGGACAAAGACUUCAUUACCCCAAAGACGGCUGACUAUGCCAUGCCAGCUUUAAAAUACAGCAUGCUUUUCUCUCCCACAGAGAAAGGGGAGAGCAUGAUGAACAUUUACCUAGACAACUUUGAAAACUGGAACUCUUCCGAUGGUGUGACUACCAUCACUGGGAUUGAGUUUGGGAUCAAACACAGUUUGUUUCAAGAUUAUCUUCUCAUGGAUACUGUGUAUCCUGCCAUAGCCAUUGUGAUUGUCCUUUUAGUCAUGUGUGUCUACACUAAGUCCAUGUUUAUCACUCUGAUGACAAUGUUUGCAAUAAUUAGUUCCUUGAUUGUCUCCUAUUUUCUCUAUCGUAUAGUAUUUAACUUUGAAUUUUUUCCUUUUAUGAACCUCACUGCACUCAUUAUUUUGGUUGGAAUUGGAGCAGAUGAUGCUUUUGUCCUGUGUGAUGUUUGGAACUACACCAAAUUUGACAAGCCCCAUGCUGAGACUUCAGAAACAGUAAGCAUCACCUUGCAACAUGCUGCCCUCUCCAUGUUCGUCACCAGUUUUACCACUGCCGCUGCCUUUUAUGCUAACUACGUUAGCAACAUUACAGCCAUCAGAUGCUUCGGGGUUUACGCGGGGACAGCUAUAUUGGUCAAUUAUGUUUUGAUGGUCACGUGGCUGCCAGCUGUCGUCGUACUGCAUGAACGAUACCUCCUCAAUAUAUUUAGUUGCUUCCGGAAGCCCCAGCAGCAAAUAUAUGGUAACAAAAGCUGCUGGACAGUGGCUUGCCAGAAGUGCCACAAAGUACUUUUUGUCAUUUCAGAAGCAUCUCGGAUAUUUUUUGAAAAAGUGUUACCAUGCAUCGUCAUCAAGUUUCGCUACCUUUGGCUCUUCUGGUUCCUAGCCUUAACUGUAGGUGGGGCCUACAUUGUGUGUAUAAAUCCAAAGAUGAAGCUGCCCUCGUUAGAGUUAUCUGAGUUCCAAGUGUUCAGGUCAUCUCAUCCUUUUGAGCGUUAUGAUGCUGAGUACAAAAAGCUUUUUAUGUUUGAGCGUGUUCACCAUGGAGAGGAGCUCCACAUGCCCAUCACAGUUAUCUGGGGCGUGUCUCCAGAAGACAAUGGCAAUCCAUUAAAUCCCAAGAGUAAAGGGAAGUUGACACUUGACAGCAGUUUUAACAUUGCUAGCCCAGCUUCCCAGGCCUGGAUUUUGCACUUCUGUCAAAAACUGAGAAACCAGACAUUCUUCUACCAGACCGAUGAACAGGACUUCACCAGCUGCUUCAUUGAGACAUUCAAACAGUGGAUGGAAAACCAGGACUGUGAUGAGCCUGCCCUGUACCCAUGCUGCAGCCACUGGAGCUUCCCCUAUAAGCAAGAGAUUUUUGAACUGUGCAUUAAAAGAGCUAUCAUGGAGCUAGAGAGGAGUACAGGGUACCAUUUGGAUAGUAAAACCCCAGGGCCAAGGUUUGAUAUCAAUGAUACUAUCAGGGCAGUAGUGCUAGAGUUCCAAAGUACCUACCUCUUCACACUGGCUUAUGAGAAGAUGCAUCAGUUUUAUAAAGAGGUGGACUCAUGGAUUUCCAAUGAGCUGAGUUCUGCACCUGAGGGCCUCAGCAAUGGUUGGUUUGUCAGCAAUCUGGAGUUCUAUGACCUCCAAGAUAGCCUCUCUGAUGGCACUCUCAUUGCCAUGGGACUCUCUGUCGCUGUUGCAUUCAGUGUGAUGCUGCUGACAACUUGGAACAUCAUCAUAAGUCUUUAUGCCAUCAUUUCAAUAGCCGGAACCAUAUUUGUCACUGUUGGUUCUCUUGUCCUGCUGGGCUGGGAGCUCAACGUUUUAGAGUCUGUCACCAUUUCGGUUGCGGUUGGCUUGUCUGUUGACUUUGCUGUCCAUUAUGGGGUCGCAUACCGCUUGGCUCCAGAUCCCGACAGAGAAGGCAAGGUGAUUUUCUCUCUGAGUCGCAUGGGCUCUGCCAUUGCCAUGGCCGCUCUGACCACCUUCGUGGCCGGGGCCAUGAUGAUGCCCUCCACGGUCCUGGCUUACACCCAGCUGGGCACCUUCAUGAUGCUCAUUAUGUGUAUCAGCUGGGCUUUUGCCACCUUCUUUUUCCAGUGCAUGUGUCGGUGCCUUGGACCACAGGGUACCUGUGGUCAGAUUCCUUUACCUAAAAAACUACAGUGCAGUGCCUUUUCCCAUGCCUUGUCUACAAGUCCUGGUGACAAGGGACAAAGCAAAACACAUACCAUAAAUGCUUAUCAUUUAGAUCCCAGGGGCCAAAAAUCUGAACUGGAGCAUGAGUUUUAUGAAUUAGAACCUCUGGCAUCCCACAGGUGUACUGCCUCGGAGAAGGCUACUUUUGAAGAGACACACAUCUGCUCUGAAUUUUUCAACAGCCAAACAAAGAAUUUAGGGAUGCCUGUGCAUACAGCCUACAACAGUGAACUCAACAAAAGCACCAAAAGCGAAACUUGCUCCUCCUUGUUACAGCCCUCUCUUGAAAGGCACACUAUGUGUCACCUCUUCUCUCUGAAUCAGAGAUGUAGCUGCCCAAAUGCCUACAAACACUUGAAAUAUGGCCCACACUCUUGCCAGCAGAUGGCUGACUCCCUGUGUCACCAGUGUGCUCAAAGUGCUAGCAGCUUUGUGCAGAUCCAAAAUGGUGUGGCACCUCUGAAGGCUGCACACCACACUGCCGAGGGCUUCGUGCAUCCCAUCCCACAUAUCCAUCACUGUCCUUGUCUGCAGAGCAGAGGGAAGCCCCCUGGAAUGCAGAAUUCCCUGCCACAGAAUUUACUCCUCCACCCAGUGCAGCACAUUCAGGCCCAAGAAAAAAUUGGUAAGACCAGUGCACACAAUCUCCAGAGCAUAGAAGAGCAUCUCCCCAGAAUGGCAGAUCCGUCAUCUUUCGUCUGCAGAGGCGCUGGAUCUUUACUACAAGUGUGUUGUGAUCCUGAGAAUAACCAAAGGGGACUCUGUAAACACGGCGACAUGGAGAAUAUUGAAGGCAGCGGAGGGACUGAAACCAAGGUUUCUCAGUUACCAAAUCAGACUGACCAAGCAGAGAGGAAAGUGGAGCUGAGCUUGUCGCAGACGGAUGUUAUUGUUAACUCAGAACUUUUAAAUCAGAGUGAACCAAAAUUUAUAUUUAACCAUUUAAUGGGGGAGGCUGGUUAUAGGUCCUGCCCAAAUAAUCCACAAAGUUGUGGCAGAAUUGUAAGAGUGAAGUGCAAUUCUGUGGACUGUCAGAUGCCAAACCUUGAAGCCAAUGUGCCUGCUGUAUUAACACACUCAGAACUUUCUGGUGAAAGUUUGUUAAUAAAAACACUAUAAUAAAUAUAGUAUUAAAUUCAGAA